UAUUUAUUUUAAUAUUUUUGAUGCGGAUCCAGCCCCGACAAUUCAAUGGAAGUAUGUUACCAGCUGCCGGUUUUGCCUCUAGAUAGGCCGGUUCCCAAGCAUGUCCUCAGCCGGAGGGGAGCCAUUAGUUUCAGCUCCAGCUCUUCCCUUUUCGGGGCUCCUGAUCCAAGACAGCUUUCACAGAGACGAGGGGCCAUCUCCUACGACAGCUCUGACCAGACAGCGCUGUACAUUCGUAUGCUAGGAGAUGUGAGAGUGAGAAGUCAGGUUGGAUUUGAACCGGAACGAAGAAGCUCCCACCCAUACUUUUGCAUCGACUUCCGAACUCUUCACACACGGCUGGGCUGUGGGUCCACAUCGGAUAGCUCUACUCCUGAAAGGAGGGUCCACAGACUACUCAGCUUCCAGAGGUACCUGCACUCAUCCCGCCUGCUACGAGGAGUCCCCCAGCAGAUCCCCCUCCACAUCCUUGAUGAAGACUACACUGGACAGGCCAGAUGCAUGCUGGAAAAAGUCGGGAACUGGAAUUUUGACAUUUUCCUCUUUGAUAGGUUGACAAAUGGAAACGGCCUGAUCACCCUGACCUUCCACCUGCUGAACCAGUAUGGGCUGAUGGAGCUCUUUCAGCUGGACAUGGUCAAACUCUGGAGGUUCCUGGUCAUGGUCCAGGAGGACUACCAUAGCGACAACCCCUACCACAACGCUGUCCACGCUGCAGAUGUCACACAAGCCAUGUAUUGCUACCUGCAGGAACCCAUGCUUGCAAAGUCUCUGACAUCCUGUGACAUUCUGCUGGGACUGGUAGCAGCCGCCACUCAUGACCUGGACCAUCCUGGGGUCAACCAGCCCUUCCUCAUCAAGACUGACCACUAUUUAGCUACACUCUAUAGGAGUACCUCAGUUCUGGAAAAUCACCACUGGAAGUCAGCAGUGGGCCUGCUCAGAGAGACUGGGUUGUUCUCCCAUCUGCCUGCUGAGGACAGCCUGAACAUGGAGAGGGAGUUGGGUUCCUUAAUCCUGGCCACAGACAUCAGCAGACAGAAUGAGUACUUGUCCAGGUUUCGCAUGCACCUGGACGAGGAGAACCUGUGCUUGAGCAAUGCCAGCCACCGACACUUCCUCCUGCAGAUGGCUCUGAAGUGUGCGGACAUCUGUAACCCAUGCAGACCCUGGGAGCUGAGCAAACAGUGGAGUGAGAAAGUGACCGAGGAGUUCUUCCAACAAGGAGAUAUUGAAAAGAAGCACAAACUUGAAGUCAGCCCACUUUGUGACAGAGAGACGAACACAGUUGGCAACAUACAAAUAGGCUUCAUGACGUAUGUGGCGGAGCCGCUGUUUGCAGAGUGGGCUCGUUUCUCCGACACACGUCUGUCUCAGACCAUGCUGGGCCACAUGGGGCUGAACAAGGCCAGCUGGGGUGGCCUACAGCAGGAACAAACCUCUGUCUCCGAGGAGGCGGAACCCAGCAAAGCUGGCGCCGAUACAGAAGAAAUUGCCGCCCGAAGAGAAGGCAACACAGCUACAGGAGGAACCAGUUCCAAAGAAAUACCUCAGGGAAAAGUAGAAUCCUGACACUCCCCGUGUGCCCUUUCACCUCAACCUCCUGACCCCUGACCCCUGACCCCGGCCUCAAGGCCUCAACACACACUGGGGGCCGGGUGGGGCAUCUAAUGGUCCGCAGCCCUGCUGCUGCCCCACCUGAUCCUAACACCUUGUUUAUGUUUUGUUGCUUUUGCCUCCCAUCUUGAUAAACCACUGAUUUUAUUUAAUUUAUUUAAUUUUUAAUUCGUCUUUUUUUGGCAUAGAGCAAUACAUAGAUACCUCAUUUGGCUACUGCUGUACUCUGUUAUUUGCUUUGUUUUAUUUAUUUGUCCACUGUAGUUUUGGCAUUACAGACUAAACACAACACUUUUUUUGUUGGUGAAACUAAAGAAGACAUUUUUCUGGUAUUUUGAAGUGCCAUUUGAAUAUUUGAAGAAUGUUCUGAACUGAAUUGACUGAGACAACUGGAGUAUGGGACCUUCCUAAGACUUUAGAGUAAUACCAUGUUGCAUUUGUGUUCUUCAUCAUGUAAAAAAAAAAAAAAAAAAAAUGUGACAACCCCAGUCCUUUUGCUGCCUCUAAGAAGACUGUUUACGAAUCUCCUUGUUUGUUUCUUUCCCUUGAACUGAAGUGUAUCAUGUCGGUUCCAAGGUUUGCCUUCGAAGCACAGAUGUGAGGAACCACUCGUUUAAAUUGUCAUCCCACUGUUGAAGCCAUGAGCUGAAUCUUAUUCAAACACACCAGAUGCCCUAAGUAACUCCACCUGUGCUAAAAUGUGUUCUUGCACUCCCACAUAAUGAUGGUGUUUGAUGUGCAGCUUCAUCUCCAUGACAUCUCCAAGACAUCCUGCGAAGAUAUUCUAGAAAUUAGCCCCUUUGUGAGGGCCCUUUUGUGUAUCUGAAUCUUCCAGUGCUGAUUGAACUUAGGGUAUUUUCCCUCCCAGAUUGGAGGUCAGUUAUUCACCUGGAACUCCACUCAACGCAACUCAACUCGCUCAGGGUUUUGCCAGACUCUUAAUUUGG